AUGUCGCACGCCAACAUUUUCCAAACACAUUCUUCCACCAUCAAACAGAUGGAAAACCUCCUGAAACUGUCUCGAAUGGAGAACCGCGGCCAUGUGGCUGAAUUAAAAGAGUUAAAGAAAGAAGUCCGAGACGCCGUCGAUGCCGCAAACCUGACCGUCGGUUCCUCUGCGCCCAGUUCUGUGGCUGCUUCCUCCUCUGCCCCCUCUGUCGUGCCAAGUCCCAUGGCCUCCGCUGUCCUGUUAUAG